AUGAUAGGGUGGGAAGAUAUUUACAAGGUGGUGGUGGCCAUGGUGCCACUCUAUGUGGCUCUGGUUUUAGGGUAUAGCUCUGUGAAGUGGUGGCACAUGUUUACACCUGAACAGUGCAACGCCAUAAACCUCUUCGCCUGCUAUUUCAUCCUCCCUCUCUUCACUUUCGAGUUCACCGCCCAUGUCAAUCCGUUUCAAAUGAAUUAUCACUUCAUCGCGGCGGACACCAUUUCCAAAUUUCUUGUUCUCUUAGUUCUUGCCUUGUGGGCUAAUUGCAGUGGCCAUGGAGCCUAUUCUUGGUCCAUCACAAGCUUCUCUUUAUCUGCAUUAAAUAACACUUUGGUUGUUGGGGUUCCUCUAAUGAAAGCCAUGUAUGGCCAGAAGGGCGUCAUUCACGGGGAACCAGGGAAAGAUUUGGAAGGAAGCACCAACUUGGUGGCGACAGAAAAUCCAUCUUCCUGGUUGGUGAUGAAGAUAGUGUGGCUAAAACUAGCCAAGAACCCUAACUCUUAUGCCUGUAUUAUUGGCCUCGCUUGGGCUUUUUUAUCAAACAGGUGGCAUCUUAAAAUGCCGAGUAUUGUGGAAGGAUCCAUAUUGAUCAUGUCAAGAGCUGGCGCUGGAGCUGGCAUGUUUAGUUUGGGGUUAUUCAUGGCUUUGCAAGAAAAAAUAAUCGCCUGUGGUGCUAGCUUGACUAUGUUUGGGAUGAUUUUGAGAUUUGUUGGCGCACCAGCCACCAUGGCUAUUGGUUCUUUUGCCGUUGGCUUGCGAGGUGAAGUACUACAUGUUUCUAUAAUCCAGGCAGCAUUGCCACAAUCCCUCACCUCUUUCGUUUUUGCCAGAGAAUAUGGCUUGCAUGUAGAUGUACUUAGCACAGCGGUCAUCUUCGGCACAAUUGUGUCCCUUCCUGUGUUAGUUGCUUAUUACGUGGUUUUAGAGUUAUUACAUUAAUCUUUCCAAUAGGAGGACUCUUAUCGACUAAUUGACGUGGCGCAACCACAACUAUUGGAUGACCGAUUCAGUCCAACUAAUCCAUCUGGUCCACAUGGAGUGGUAAAAACUUGAUCGGUGUGGCAAUGUUGUAAUGUAUCUUUAGCUCUCUUAGCAAUAUUGGAGAAGAGUUUGUUUUGUAUCCCAAAUUGUUA